ACUCACACACUGCAUGCUUACACUAGACUGCUGGCCACCGGGCCUCCGCUUAUUUGGUGCCGGUGCCUGGUGAUCUCUCGCAGAGGCCUUGCGCAGGGCCUCCCACUAGGACCAGGUACACGGCACACAUAGUGGGAGUACACUGUUGCCACCUGUCGGCUCAUUGUCCCCAUUGCAUUUGCUGUGUCUGCAGUUAACAAACUCAUCCAUUUGCCAUGGCUUUAGCUGGUACCCGAGUCAUUGAACUGGCGGGCCUAGCCCCCUCCCCCUUUGCUGGAAUGGUCCUGGCUGACUUUGGGGCCAAAGUGAUCCGGGUGGACCGUCUGGGGCAGGGCCUGUUCACCGUGGACCGUUUGUCCCGGGGGAAGCGGUCCAUCAGUAUGGACUUGAAGAGAACUGAGGGGGUUCAGGUCUUCAAGAGGAUGUGCAAGACGGCAGACGUUCUGAUUGAACCCUACAGACCAGGUGUAAUGGAGAAGUUGGGUCUGGGACCUCAAGUGUUAAUGGCGGACAACCCCAGGUUAAUCUAUGCCAGAAUGACAGGGUUUGGCCAGUCAGGGCCCUUCAAGCAAAUGGCUGGACACGACAUCAACUACAUUGGACUCUCGGGAGUCUUGUCGUUCUUUGGCCGUAAAGGCGAGAAGCCUACCCCACCAGUCAACACCAUGGCAGACUUUGCCGGUGGUGGGAUGAUCUGUGCCCUAGGUAUCACCAUGGCACUGCUGGAGAGAGCUCGGUCGGGCAAAGGUCAAGUCAUAGAUGCCAACAUGGUUGAGGGCUCGGCCUAUGUCAGCUCAUUCCUCUGGACCACCCGAGACUUGGGUUUGACUGGUAAGGAGCGGGGCACUGGUCUAUUAGACACUGGUGCCCCUUACUACGACACCUACAAGACAUCAGAUGGCAAGUACAUGGCCGUAGGAGCCCUGGAGCCCCAAUUUUAUAGCGAGCUGCUUAAAGGUCUUGGUUUGUCUGAGACUGACCUCCCCCCUCAAGUGGACCGCCACAGCUGGCCGUCCUCCAAGGAAGUCAUCACCAGGAUAUUCGCCAGCAAAACCCAGGCAGACUGGUGCCGCAUCUUUGACGGCACAGACGCCUGUGUGACCCCAGUGCUGACGGGGGACGACGCACCAGAACACCCUCACAACAAGGCACGGGGAGGCUCCUUCCUGCAGUCCGAGGACGGGGAAGGCAUGGAGCCCGGCCCUGCACCCAGGCUAUCUCGGACGCCAGCCGUUGUGAGGACCACCGAGCAGACGGCAGUCGGGCAGGGCACCAAGACAGUGCUCCUGGAAGUGGGACUGAGCGAGGAUGAAAUUCAGAGCCUGGUAGACAGAGGGAUUGUGGGACAGGAGGCGCAGCAGUCAAAGCUGUGAUCUUCUCCUACAGCCUGGAAAAUAUUCAGUUUCAGAGGACAUGAUGCAAAAAUAUCCUAGAUUGCUAGUACAUAGACAAGACAGAAACUGCACGAUUUUGAUACUUUGGACAGCAUUAGGAGAAAUAUGGUUCAGCUUGGACUUUGGCAUCCAGCAGCAUUGCCACAUGAUCUCUCACCAGAACUAACCAUUUCAGUGAUUCCCAUGGCAGACGAUUUGGAUAGUCAUCUUGUGGUAACUACAUGUACACCGUUACAGGCAUUGCUAGGUUACACAGCGCCCUCUUUGGGUUAAGCAGAUUGUAGUCAUCAAACUUUUAUUGAAAUCGUGACAUCAGAGGGCAUUUUGCAUAAGCUAAGGGGCAAGGGAUUAAAUCAAUUGUGAUAAAUUAAUGAAGCUUGAAACUAUGGUUUUAUGGGCUACAGGCAAUUUUAAGGAGAUCGUUGUGCCCAAGUCUUCGUCGUACAAGAUUUUUCCGGAGUGUCUUAAACUACAGCCAGUGAACAAUGCAGCUUAGUUGCUUCAGUUGCAAUCAUUUUAUGCACAUUUUAUUUUUCUUUCUGCAUUUUCGGACUGACAUGAAUACAUGUACACGUAUUUUUUUAUACCCUGAACUCACAGUUUCUAAAUUUGCCAGAAAUGUAUUGAAGCAAUGGAUGACGUGUAUUUUGCUGUCACAUUUGCAAGUAUGCCGAUGUUUUUAAGACAAUGACCUGUAUGGAAAUGUGUAAAACCUCCGCAGGAACGGGAGGCAAAUAGACUACUGAUGAGGA